AUGUUGGGUAUGGUGCUUCUGGUACUGUUGUGUUUGGGUAAGUUGAAGGCUUUACUUUUACGAUUUCAAACUUUCUGUUUUCGGCCUAAAGGUUUAUGGAAAAACUUUUUUUUGAUUUUUUGGGUAAAAAUUCAGUUUGUUAACUAAAACUUAAAUAAAAACAAAAUUUGUUUUAAUUCUAUAAACUUCUUGACCAACGCUUUGCUAAAGACAAUUAUUUUAGUCCCGUGUGCAAGCUGCGACAAUUAUUGUUACCAUUGUGAAGAAACGGAAAAUGGUGAAGUAGACCAAAAUUGCAUGGUUAUUGACCCAUUAAAACAGAAUCCCUACAAAGUUUGUCGGGAUUCUUGUUACACGAUAUGGGGCAAUGUAACAAUAGGUGACAAAGGUAAGGUUAUAUUUGUAAAACAGAGCUAAUUUAAAGCAGGGUAGGGGUGAGAAAUGGGUCGGGCAUUUUUUAACCCAAUUUUUAUUUUUAUCUCAGGCCGGCCAUGCCCAAAUUUUGUCUUACGAAGGGAUUUUUUUCAAGCUCAUUAUUGAUUCUAAAUAAGGGUAAGGUAGGGUAUGGUAGAGUAAGGUAGGGUAGGGUAGGGUAGAGUAGGGUAGGGUAGGGUAGGGUAAGGUAGGGUAGGGUAGGGUAGGGUAGGGUAGGGUAGGGUAGGGUAGGGUAGGGUAGGCUAUGAUUAAAAGUAAUUCUUAUUAUUUUAGUGGUUUUGGCAGUACAGCGCGACUGUGAUUACCAAGGCCAACUUCCGGUAAGUUUUAAAAAUAUUCAAGCGUUGUAUUAACUUGUUUUGUAAAAACUUAUAUUUCUUGCUUCAAAUUUUAUAAAAAUAUGUAUCAUUUAUAAUAUUUAACAUUUCAGCCGUCGUCAAUGUGCACACCCGUGUUUGGUUUACCGUUUUAUAACAAAUAUAGAAUAUUUGGAACGUUGUGCAUAUGCAACGGAGUAAAAUGCAACACGUGGAAUCCAUAUCUGCCUACCACCACAAGUACUUCGACUACGACCACUACUACCAGUACUACCACUAUUACCACUACGAUCACUACUACCACUACAACUACUACUACCACUACUACCACUACGUCCACUACUACCAUUACCACCACAACUACUAA